UAUUUUUAAAAUGCUUCGUUGGCGAACUCGGGUUGGUCUUGGCUUAUCUUUGUUCUAAACGUGACAAGUUCAAGAGCAGUAGUCGAUUAAGCAGUUGACAGUAGGGGACGAGGACGACCCGAUUAUACUCAUCUCCUCUCCAUCCCGAUCUCAUUUAAGAAGAUGGAGACGACAUCGUUGGGGCGAGUUCCAAGCAAAGGUCGUGUCUCCAAUAUGACCGAAAUGCUGACAAAAGGAAUUCUUAAUUCGUUCGUCUUAACGCUGAGCUUCACAAUCUUUUUCGUCUUUCUUUUCGGAUCUUAUGACUAUUUUAAGAAUGUGGAAGACAACAAGUGCGAGAUGACGUAUAUGUUUCAGUAUCCAGAAUAUGUUCGCAUCAAACUAGAAACGGAUAUGGAUAAGAAAUAUGCGAAAUAUGGACUUUACGCGUAUGCCGAGGGGAAAUACACCAGUCUUGCGAAACGACACAAGUUUACGGGAGUUCCGGUUCUGUUUGUACCUGGAAAUGCAGGAUCGUACAAGCAAGUUCGAUCAUUUGCAUCGGUUGCCUUACGAAAAUGGCUCGACUCUCGAACUCCAUUCCAUUUUGACUUUUUCAGCGUUGACUUUAACGAAGAACUUUCUGGUCUGUAUGGAUAUGUGCUUCAAUCACAAGCCGAAUAUUUGGCCGCAGCGAUUGAAAGAAUUCAAGGAUUUUAUGAUGAGUACCAUUCCGUCGUACUGAUCGGUCACUCAAUGGGAGGAAUUGUCACAAAAACGAUGAAGCAACAUAAUGAACCUUUAUCAAAUUUGAUUAUCAGUCUGUCUACUCCUCAUACUCGGCCAAUCCUUGUCUUUGACCCAGAACAGGACCUAUUCUACUUUCACUUGAGUAGAAACUGGACAAAUGGGGACGAGAAAUUUAGGAAAGAUGUAACCUUAGUCAGUGUGGCUGGAGGAGAUAGGGAUAUUUUGGUUCCGGAAGGGUUUACAAAGUGGGGGCGACAUUUGGACAUUCACACGACAACAACAGCAGUCCCAGGGGUAUGGGCGUCAACGGACCAUCUUUGCAUUGUCUGGUGCAAACAGUUUGUCUUCUCCAUUGUUCGAGCAUUGUUCGAUUUAGUAGAAUAUAAACAGCCGAAUGGAUUUUAUGCAAUGACGGAAGACUCGGAAACACGUCAAAAGACUCUUAAUUAUCAUUUGGUCAAGAAAUCGAGUGGAAAAUCAAUUCACGGUGCUCAUCGUGAAUCAGAGUUUGGGAAACCUCCAGGAACUGAAUGGAAUGAACUUCUUGUUCAUAAUUAUUGUUCUCCCCCCACUCGAUCCACAACAUAUCUCAUGUUUCCAAUGGCUGUAAUUAAAGAAAAGAUUCAAGGAGAUCCGGAGGACUAUAAAAUUAUGAUUUUAACGACAAAUUCAGACCCUAAAAAUUGGAUAUUUGGAUGCACGUCUCAAUCUGUGGUGGAUAGUACACGUUACUGCUCUGCAGCUGAUAAUUUAUCACCUGAUGGUGAAUUAAUUCCUCAUUUUAGACGACGUCGUAAAGUUAUUCAUUUAAAGUAUUCAGAUAUUUCGAAAUACUCUCACUUGAUCGUUAGGAUGGAUCCAUGCACUUUAAAAAGCUGCGUUAACCUAGACGUCUACAAUGUUCAAGAAAGGUCGAAAGAAUUAAAUGUAAAAUUUGAGACGCAGAACAAAAUAUUUUACAAUUUGACGCUUCCCCUCGAAGCUGGACUGUUCUCAAAACUAUUUGCCUGGAAUGUUGCUGCACGCACAGACGGUGACGAAUCUUGUGUUGCGUCGCACAACUCGUUGGCAAUUUUCGAGCAUGGAAAUUUUAAAGUUAACCGAUUUCCAAGAAAUGAAACAAUUGUUGCCCGAUUUUCCGAUUGGAAUGCAACAACGGCUAAUCUUCAACUUUAUUUGGAACCAACUUGUAAAUACACUGUGCAGGUUCGUCUCGCCAGUUUAGAAACUGCUGGACAAAUAUUUAGGACAUAUUUCCGUCUUUUGCCAUCCUUCUUUGGAAGUAUUAUUUUGAUGUCGCUCUACUUUCAACGAGAUGCAAAGGAAUGGUCUAAUUUUCAUCGUGUCCUCAUUUCAAAUGCGUACCAUUUAACAAUUCUUCCAGGAUUUGUCGUUUCCAUUCUUCUCACAGUAUUACCAAAUGACUGGCCUCACAUGUUGGACGGACCUGAAUACUUUGUCAUUCUUCCAAUGUUCUGCUACUUGGUGGCGUACGCCUUGGUCUUGUUUGUAGCUACUGGGGCAUGGUAUGUGAUCAUUGCGUUUGGAAAUGCCGUUCAUGCAGUUUUUUUAAGAAUGCUCACGACAAGAUUCGCGAAAUGGACAAACUUACGAGUUCCAUUACCAGAUCAAGUGGCAGACAUGGCACUGGAUUUUACGUUCGCAAAAUUUCCAAUAAUUAUUUCCGUCUUCCUUCUUUCAAUAGCGUUGGCUACCUGUGGCGGAUUCGGGCUGUUGGCUGGAUUGUGUUUCUUCGUUAUCAAGCUGUUUAAAAUGUACGAAGAUAUUCUUGGUGAUCUAUGGAGAGCAAAGAUUCACGAUGUUGCUGAAGGACUUAGCCCUCUUAAUUUCCAAUUCAGUUGUACCAUGAUGUGGUUGCUUAUUACUGCUGUAAAUUUUCCAAGUUUGAUUCACUGGGUUAAAUCUUUCUCAUACGAUAACACUCCACAAUGGGAUAUUAGCAUGUACUUUUGUCUGAUGGUUCUUCCCACCGUUGCUGUUUUGUGGCAAGAUCAUGUUCCAAACUUCAACCCCAUGUUGUGGCGACUACAUCGUUUCGUGUUCUACAUCAUGGGACUCGCUGUGGUCAUAUGGGGAACAUUUCGCCUCUAUAUUUCUGGAUUUAUUCUCACUUUGGUCUUGAUCACGACAGCAAUGUGUCAACUAAUUUCAUACAUUCCUCAUCUGGCUGGAAAUGCUGAGGAGAAUGAACCAGCUGCUGGUACUGCAACCGAAACUGAUAAUAAUGCUGAAAGGUCAGAAGAGGAAAACGAAGAAUCUUCUGAGAGCGAAGAAUUACUAGAAUCUGAAGAUUUUCCUGAAAUGCAGAAAUCAUAUGAAAGAGCAUUUAGCAGAGAAAAGGAAAAAGUACAACAAGAAAGUAACAGUGUUGACGAAUCUGAGCCGGAUGAACAAGAAGAAAUCCCAGAUCACUUAUCAGCAAAUACUGACGAGACUUAUCUAGAGGACAGUGACGAUGAUGAUGAUGACGACGACGACGAAGAAGAAAACGUCAAAAACCCGAGCAUAUCUCGUUCCGAAAGUGAAGAAGAUGACGACGAUGAUGAACAAGACGACGAGCAGCCAACCCAAGUUGAGCAGAAAACUGAAGAGGAAGAAGAACGUGCUCGAAGGUCAAGGUCGAAAUCUAAAUCGAGUGAAAAAACGUCCCCAUCACAUCCCCCCUCAUCAAACACAGCUUCACCCAGCCCCCUUGACCUCGAGGAUGACGAGAUUAAUAAAGACGUCGAUCCACUUGCUCAAGGCGACGUCAAUCCAAAAACAAGACGAAGUGGGAGCAAAAGAGAAAAGUCUGCAGAUGAAAAUUCACCUUCCAAAGAAGCAAAAUAAUAAAGCGAUUGAUAUAAAACAUGAAAAUUGAAAUGAAAAUAUUGUGAUACAAUUAGACUUUUAUCAAAUUUCAUUGUUUUGUCCAUUUAGUCUCAUACAUAUUGUACAUUAGCUUAUUAACUUUGUAGUCAAAACAGCUGACUCAAUAACCAUACUACACAUUGUUAAAAAUUCUAGUCAGUUAGCCAACUCGUCUCUAAUUGUAAAGUUUCCCAUAUUAUGAUAACAUCUUAUCCCAACAAUUUAUGUAUUAUUAACAACAUUUAACAAAACCUAAGUAUGUGUUUUACCUAUAAAACAAAGCGCUUUCUAUGCAAUAAAUCGUUACCCUUGUAAA